CCGGAAGUGCGGACAUUGCCCUGGGCGUUUUGGUGGUGGUGAGAUUUUGGUGGGGUUGGAGCUCUCGCGCCUGGUCUCUGUCAGUGUGCCGGUACCCUGCCCUCGCCUCGCCUCUCGUCUCGGUCCGGUCCUCGUCCAUCGACCUCGGUGUCCCUUCCUUCCUUCCCUGGCGGUUUGGUUCUCAUCCUUGGAUCCGCACGUUCCGGAACUCAAGCCUGGGACAAUGGUGUGCAUUCCUUGUAUCGUCAUUCCAGUUCUGCUCUGGAUCUUCAAAAAAUUCCUGGAGCCGUACAUCUACCCUCUGGUUUCCCCCGUCGUCAGCCGUAUAUGGCCUAAAAAGGCUGUACAAGAAUCCAAUGGCAAAAACAUAGGCAAAGCAGACUGCCAGGGUGCAGAUAUCAAUGGAUUACCCACAAAAGGAGCAACAGAGGUCUCUGAGAAGAAGAAAAACUAGUGUGGUUUUCCUGUAGCCCUCAGCUGUUUUCAAAUGGACCCGAUAAUAUGAAGCACCUUCUUUGUCUCUUGACUUUUUUCUCUGAGACCAGGAGUAUAGAGAAGCAGUUUAGCUAUCUGCCUGAUGCUGAUCAGGAAGAACAUGUAUUUAUAUUUAAAGUGUAAGUAGUUAAAUUUAAUGACCUCACCCUGAGUUUCUUGUUCAUUAAAGUAGCUUUCAUUUCUACUAAUAAGAAUAAACAGGAGGUUUGUGUGAGCAGACACUCAGAACUUGGAGUCCUUGGGCCUUUGCAUUCUUUUGCUUCCUGUGGGCUCUUGUACUUGAGUGUCCAGCACAGUGGAUGGAAUGAGGUGUGAAAGAUGAGAUUACUGACGAACACGGUGGAAAGCUGAGACUUAAGAGUCGUUGUUGCACUAAGGAACCUGGAAAAGAAGGAACUAGAGGGAACUUCUUUGAAAAAUGUAACAUCAACAUCAUUGUCAAUCACAAAUUCUGAUUCUGCUCUACUUCUCAUCCUGCAGGCACAUUAAAUAUUCAUUUUAACUUGUU